AUGGAAUUAUCAACGAAACUUAAAUCAAUUUCUCGUAAAAAACUUAUUAAAGUUGCAAUAAUCGUUUCAAUUUUUACUUUUUUUUGGAAUAUAAUUGAAGGAAUCCCUUCGGUAUAUUAUGGUAUAGAAAAUGAUUCAAUUAGUUUGAUUUUUUUCGGUAUAAAUUCUUUCGUUGAAGUUAGUUCAUCAUGCUUCGUAAUAUUAAGAUUUUUAAGAGAAAUAACUAUUAAAGAAAAAUCUGCAGUUAACUUAAUCCAUUAUGAAAGAAAAGCAACAUUUGGCAUAGGUUUAUUAUUUAUUUUACUUGCUAUUGGAACAUUUUCUGAUGCAACCAUCGCUUUGGUGAAAAAUAGAAGACCCGAUUCAACUUUAGCAGGUUUAAUAAUUACUACUAUUUCAUUAUUUAUUAUGGCGAUUCUUUGGCUUGUAAAAUUUUAUAUUGCUAAAUUACUUAACUCUUCUACAAUGGCUUCUGAUGCCAAAUGUUCUCUAUCAUGUAUUCAAACUACGCUUGUUGUAUUUUUGGGUAGUUUACUUUACUUUGUAUGGAAAGAUGGCUGGUGGUUAGAUUCUGUUGCAUCUUUAAUUUUAAGUAUAUUUUUUGCAAAAGAAGGUUUAGGAAUGAUUCUUUGGGCAAAAAGUAAAGAUUUCAAUGGUGGUUGUUGUUGUGAUGAAUGCAAAAUUACAAUACCGUCAAAGGAAUUUACUAAUGAAAGCAAUGGAUAUGAAAUUUCUCAAAAUGAUAAUAAGUAA